AAUUGAAGAAUUAGUUGAGGCAAAAGAAAAAAAAAAAAGAAAAAAUGGCUGAUAUACCGGAAACCAUUAAAAAAUGUGCCGCCAUGUUGAAGGCUACCAAAAGUGAUACCGAAAAAUUCGCUGCCUUAUUUAUGGUCACGAAACUGGUAAAGGGUAAAGAUUGUAACGCCAGCGCUAAGAAACUUUUAUUUGAAUCGAUCGGCUUUGAUUUUCUAAAGAAGUUAUUAAAUGGUAAAAAUUUACCGAAUGAUUGUCCACCUUUAGUGUACAAAAGUGUAGCUUUAUCUAUACUGACAUGCUUUUGCCAAGAGGAAGAAUUGGCCACACAUAAGGAAAUGCUGGAAGCUAUACCCACUUUAGUUGAAAUUGUCGAGCAAGCCGACGAUGAUGAUUGUGAUGAUAAUUUAAUUGUCGUUAGCGAAGCAUAUAGCUGUUUGAAAUCGAUUGCUUCCUUUGAACCGGGUCAAAAUAUUUUAAUCGAUUCGGGAACAAUUGCUAAAAUGUCACAAAUAUAUGCGGCUCAAAGUUUUCAAACAGAUGAAGCUUUACAAUUGAUUGUAUUAUUGGUGAAUAAAUUUGGUACAGCAGCUUGGUCGGAUGAUCCGAAACCGUUUAACGCUUUAGUGCAACGAAUUUCAUUAGAUAUGGAAACCGAUCAUAGUGAUCGUAAAUAUGAUUUAUGUAAAAUUUUAGCCGCAAUUUUAAAAACAUGCAAACGUGAAAUAAUUUAUAAUUCGUUAGAAGGUGAAAUAUGGCCGGAGAGUUUACUUAAAGGUUGCGGUGAUAUAUUAAAAAGUAAAAUUGGUCCUAAGCAGCGUGAACCCACAUUGCAUUUAAUUGCCACCACACUACAGGUACUCGGUAUACAAUGGGCUUUCAUGAACGAUGAGAAGCAAUUUUAUUUGCUCAUAUUGCAAAUGGCCGCUAUCGAGGUGCGAAUGCAAAUGGAUGAGAAGAAAUUGGAGACAACGUUCCGUAAUGCUGAGCUUAUACAAAAUUGUUUUGUGAUUUUGCAAAAAUGUAUCGAAUAUUUGGCAACCGAUCAAUUGGAUUUAGAGCCUAAGGAAAAGCAAACAACGUACACCGCAUUAAAAGGUGCUUUCAAUCAAGUCCUGUCCGUUUUGAAUCGGAUAUCGAAUGAUAAAAUCAAAGAUACAACAAAUCCUAAGGAAAAAUAUUUCAUACGUGCCUCAGUGGGUAUAUUAUCGUCGUGGUUAGCUCAAGAAACUACCGCCAUGCGACCGGCAAUUUAUAAAUUAUUGCCGUUUAUGUUUAAAGUAGCUAAUGAGUCGUUUGAAGAGUUCAAAGAAUGGCGUUCGGCAGCUGGCGUGAAGAAUUUCGAUCCACCAACCGAUAUAUUACGCGUUAUGCUACCGGCUAUAUGCCAUUUAGUGUUGGAAGACGAAGCUCGCAAAUUGAUAUUUUCGACUAAACAAGAUGAGGUUUUACUUCAGCAUAUUGAGUAUUAUUUCACUAUCGCUCAUUAUAAACGACCACCGAUACCGCGAGCCGAACGUCUUAAACGAAUGAACGAGCCCGAUCCGAAACCCUCACCCGAACAAUUGGCCGAAAUGCAAAAUGCUCGUUUAGCAAUCAUAUCGAUGUGCAAUAUACUUAUGAAUUUAACCGUUUUGGAACCAAAAUUAUCCGAGGAUGAUCCGAUGUUUGCUAAUCUAUUUAAAUUUGUCGUUGAAAGUUUACCCGAAUUGAAGGACACACCCGAUAAUUUAGUAUUACAUGGUAAUUUGUCUGUCUUAGGAUUACUGCUGCUUAAGCAGCAAGCGAAACGAGUUAAACAAAAUGAUUUCUCAAUAUGCCGUUAUAUACAGGCAACUAUACGUUUCCUAUGGGAUGCUUAUAAUAUUGACGAAUCGAAUGAUCCUACUGCCUUGGUUGUAGUUAUCGCUUAUAAAAAACACUGGAAUGAAUUAUCAGAAUUAUGGUUUUUGGGUAUGCAAACUAUGUGCGGAGUUUUACCGGCAGUUCCAUGGAUAUCGGAAUUCGCUAUCGAAUCAGGUUGGGCUGAGGGUAUUGUUCAUUUAUUGAAGAAGGUCAAAAUCGGUACUCUACCGGCGAAUGUGAAAUCGGCCUAUGAAGAUUUUCUAUCACAAUUGGUCGAAGUAAAUACUACGGUUCCUGGCGUCUUGAAGAAGGCCGAUGCUUUACGCGUUUGCCGUAAUCAUCGCAUGAUGGAAUUGGGAAAAAAACUCUUUGGAGAUUAAAACACCGUUUUUUUUUUUUUUUUUUU